GUCCCAGUUAGUGCAGUAUGUUCUGAUUUUGUUGCUGUUGUUGGGAGGUUCAGAUGCUACUAGACAGUGCUGGCUGAUUCACACAUGGAAAAAGAAUGUCAUGAUAUAUCAUGAAAGGUUAAGGGGAAGCUUUUAGGAAGGGGCAUCCUGAAGGUAACUUGAUCGCCACCAAAAAGUGCCUGAAUUACAAAAUUUCUCAUUGCUCAUGGAAUUUCAUGGAGGCCUAAACUCAUUUUUCCCAAGGAUCCUUCACAAAGAAAGGUAGGGUGUAAAUGUGGUGAUGAUGCUGCCUUUACCCUGGCUGCUGAUUGUGAGUGACAGCUUGGAAUUGUACAUUUCAGACCUGCUUGCAAUGAACAUGAAACCUUGUUACUGUACUUCAUCCCAUAGCUCAGGAAGGCAUGAGGUGUGGUCCUGGAAAACAGCCAGUAAGGAAUCCCUGUGUCUCAUGUGGCAAAAAGUGAAAGUGCAGCUAAUGUUAAGCAUGUCCUUCCUCACUGCUCUGUUUUGGUAUUGUAGAAGGCUAUACAGCUUUUUAGCACAGCUGCUGAAACGGUGGAACAACUACCUUCAGAGGCAACUCAUAAGGAAUCUCAGUGUGCUGCCAGAAGUUGAUCUGCUUGGUUAUAGUGCAAGAGAAUGGAAAGGAGAAACAAAGCAGGCCAAACAGAUGAGGGAGGCAUAUGAAGAAUUGUUUAGGAGCUGUCAUAUCAAAUACCUGAGACAAGUCAGGAGGGACAACUAUAGUGUAGUAAGAGCGGUGCUUUUUCAGAUAUUCAGCCAAGGCAUUCAUUUUCCUUCGUGGAUGAAGGAAAGAGAUAUAUUGAAGCUCCCUGAAAAGCUUUUGUAUUCUCAAGGUUGUAACUGGAUUCAGCAAUACAGUUUUGGGCCAGAAAGAUACACGGGUCCCAAUACCUUUGGGAAGUUGCGCAAAUGUAUGGAGGCGUUAAAGACAAAUUGGGCUGAAAUAAGUGCUACAAGAGAUCAUGAAGAAAGAGGAAGCAUGUGUAAUACGCUGUUUUCUGAUGAAAGUAAGGAAUACAAACUGUAUGAGGCCAUAAAAUUCAUCAUGCUCUAUGAAGUUGUCGAAGCCUAUGAGCAGAUAAAGAGCAGGGACAAACCCGUACACAACCUUUUUAGCCUUCUCUUUGCUCGUGACUCUUCAUCUGACCCUCUGAGUUUCAUGAUGAAUCAUCUGAACUCCAUAGGUGACUCUGUUUGCCUAGAUCAGGUUGAACUGUUUCUUCUUGGAUACUUACUUGAAGUAAAGAUACGAGUUUACAGACUGCAUAGGUUUAAUACUGAGGAAUUUCAAGUAACCUAUCCGAAUGAAUACCGAAGGGAAUGGAAUGAGAUUUCUCUCCUGACUGAAGAUGACCGCUACUAUCACAUCCCCCUUUUCAGAACGUGAAGGACCAGUGACUUUUUUUUUCCCUUUGUAUAGUACAAUGAGUGACCAAUUCCAGUGAAUUAGGUUUCUAAUCAGCAGCAGUAAAACCUCGAGAACACUCAUUAAUUAUUACAAAAUGAUUUAUGGGUUUAUUGUGUAAACAUUUUGCUUUCCCACUGCAGCUCAGUUCACCAUCAGUCAGCCAUAAAAACCAUUAAAUAUAUUGCUGUAAUGUCUGGGGGGAAAAAAUGUGACAUUUUAGGGUUUUCAGACAAAAAUAAUUGGACUGCAUGACAAGGAAGACAAAGGUUAUACUGGGGUUUCCAUUGCUAGCCUAAGGGUUUAACUCUGACAUCCAUGGAUGGGUUAAACUCAAGUGCCUAAAGCAAUGACUGCCUUUCCCUACUCCUGUCUGUCUUUAGCUAGGGAGGAUGAAUCACAGAGGAUGGAAAUCCUGAGGUCCCACAGUUUAUAUUCCAUGCUAUUUAACUUGCAUUGACUUGGGAUGGGAGGGUAUAAACUGAGGCCUCUGCAUGGCUGCUUCAAAUCCACUUGGCUUCCCUUGUUGCUGGAACACCUCUCUCCAGGGAUGGGCAGAGCAAGCAGCUGCAGGCUGUACUUAACUUUACACAUGAGAAAUUGAGCUGUCUGCACACAGCAGUGAUCCCUGAAGGUGAAGAACUGUUACACAGGAGGAAAAAAUCAACACACAAGAAUACUGUGCCAGAUGAAUGGAAGAUCUCCUGUGUAAGUGAGGAAAGCACAUAGCUUUCUCCAAGGUAAGAAGGGCAGCAUUAAUAAGUCACACCACCAGAGUCACCCCCUGUAGCUACAUACGGCUUUGGUCAACUUGUAAAUCCUUUAAGGGCUGAUUUCAACAUUACGUGCCAAGAUUUCCUUUGCAAUUCAUCUGAGAAAGCUAUGCAUGGAAUACUGGCUGAAACACUGCAUCUUUUAGAAAAUACUAAUUUUCUGUGCAUUAUGUGAAUUCAGCAGUGUUGUAUACAUAUUUUAUCUUCUGGUUAUGUAUCAAUCUCCUUGCCUAAGAUUGCUGUCUUUAAUUUAGAUCUCUGUGUUUGAAGAAGUCUGUCCAGGAGAAGUAAAUUAGAUUUGCCUUCCUACAUGGAACAUUUUGCUCAGUUCUGUUUUCUAAAAGAAUCAAUGUGUUUUGGUUAUUUCAAAAUAAGGAAGCUUAACUACUGAAGAAGUAUUAGAUCUCACAAAAUAUUUACGAAAAGCUUACAAUGCCACAGGCUAAUGGUUGUACUGAAGAGGGUGGGAUUUAUUAAGAAACGAAGCCUCUCCUUAUCGUAGAGGUAUGGGGACAGGCAGGUUUGUUUUUUUAAACCUGCAGAAUAAAUUGCAAGCCAGUAGCAAAAAUGGGAACAGGGCCUGUAGGAGCUAAAGCAGUUGCAUGAGGUAUCUUCAUGGUAAUGCUUGGAGUUGGUGGAGAGUGCUCAGUUCCUUUGUGUAAAGGAAAGCUAUUUUAUCCCUUACGUUCCUUUUAUUUGUGUGUAUAUGUGUAUAUAUAUAUAUUUAUAAAUACAAACACCUGAGUUCUGUAUUGUAGCUAGUUUGUUUCCUGAAAGUUUGAGUUCAGUUUUAUUGAAUGAUUUGUAGAUUUUAAUUAAGAAGACUUGAUAACUGUAAUAAUUUCAUCUCAUCAAAACCUGCAUAGCAAGUAGUUUUAUUUAUUAAAAGAAGUAUUCUCACGGAAUGAAAUAAUUCUUAUUUUAGAUUUGGUUCUGCUCUGCAUGGAGAAAAGUUAUAAUACCUAAGUGAAGAGUAUUGUUACCUAUCUUGCAUCAACAGUAACAUUUACAAUUAUCAAUAAACUCGUCUACAUUUUAUUCUUGUUUUGGUACAAACAGACAUAACAUAAAAAGUAUGUAAUUUUCUAGUGGGUUUUUUAAUGAUUUGCAUAUUAUUUGUGUUAAGGAAUACAAAAGCAUUACAGCUGAAAGUGAUAAAUUGUGAAAACGUAUGUUUUUGUGAUCUUGAGCAUAUUAAUAGCGGGGAAUGAAUAAAAGUUUGAAAAAGACAGUGGAAUUUACCUCGCCAAUUUGAAUGUUUGCAUCUGAACCAGGUCACCUGAGCUAGGGCUCUCUGCCUUGUCAGUGGAAGGCAAUGGCACAUGGAUAGCCAGAGGGGUAGGUCUCCAGAAGGGACUGGUUCUCUUCAUUGACUGUAGAGGGAUCUGGCAGUGAUCAACAUAAAUCUCUCUGCCCUAGGUAUUUGAAGUUAGGUGAGAUUAAUGUUAUCCCAAGAAUCUGGAAAGGACGUACAGAAAGAGAUCUGAUGGCUUAUCAGGUGUCAGAGCCAGCCAAAUCAUACCAGGAACAGAAAUGGGAGGUGAAAACAGAGGAGCUUCAGGUGAAGAUAAUCACAAGUCUUAGAGAUAAAUGCAGAAAGGAUCGUAAGAAACACUGAGACAGGUUUGGGGCUGCACCGAGUUUCAACCAGGUUCUCUGAUAAUAUGUUUUACUUAUGUAUAAAGCAAAAAAAUAAAUACCUGUUUACGUACAAAUAAAUACAUGUAUAUACAUAUAUGUGUGGAGAUGUGUGUAUAGAAGAAAAAUCCAUAGAAAAGAAAAUAAUCCUCAAUAAAGUGCAUCUGAAACAAACUGGUCGCUGUGUGACAGGUGCUGCAGAAUAUUUUCCAGUCAGUGGCAGAGACAAAUUUUCUGUUCAAAUCCAGAACCACACAGUCAUUACGAAUAUUUAUGAAACCAGUGUUGUAGGUGGCUAAAGUAAAGAUGUGUUUAUUAUUUACUAUUUUUAGUUCAGCAAGAAGAAACCAUACUGCAGCCUCAGUGCUGGGUUUGGAUUUUCCCCCAAACUUGAAAAUGUCUGUUAAGAAUUUAACAGAGCAGCUGAAGCGAAGUGUAUCUUUUAUUGUAAUGGAGUAAAAAGUCUUGCGAUUUGAAUGUCAUCUUUUUUAAAAAUUGCAUUGCAAAAAAUGUAUGAACCACAUUCAAUAUUUCAUUUUAAAUCCAAAAUAAAUACUGUCAGUCUUCAUUCUUCA